CGGAAAUUUAGUCGGGGUAUUUUUCCGAAGGCACGACGUUUAUGCAAUAAUAAAUAACAAUAUUUUAAAAACGUUCUGGAAGCAUGGUAAAGAUCACCGAAGAGCUGGUACGUAAGAAGUCCGAACAUAAUGAAUGCCUCAUCAGCACGCUGGAAGAACUCUCUCUCCAUCAGGAGGAUAUUGAACGAAUCGAGCAUUUACAGAAUUGGUGCCGAGAACUAAAAAUUCUACUCCUACAAUCGAAUCUCAUUGCCAAAAUAGAAAAUUUGCACAAAUUAAAGAAACUGGAAUAUUUAAAUUUGGCCAUAAACAAUAUAGAGCGUGUGGAGAAUGUAGAGCGGCUCGAAUCACUCAAUAAACUCGAUUUAACUUUGAAUUUCAUAGGCGAUUUAACGUCGAUCGAAUGUUUGAAGGGCAACUACAAUUUACGCGAACUUAUACUCACCGGUAAUCCCUGCUGCGACUAUCCCCAUUAUAGGGAGUACGUCAUGGCUACGCUACCACAGCUGGAUAGAUUGGACUGUGAAGAGAUUAAAAUGUCACAGAAGAUACUCGCGCAAAAGUCUCUAGCGAACAAUCGUGCUGUUAUUGUACAAAAACAAGCCGACUAUUUCAUGAAACGCGACGAGCAAAAGUUGCGCGUGGCAAUGCAGAAGCAGCUACUUGCAGAGGAAAUGGCAGAAAUCGAAAAUGAGGAUGAACGUUUGAAAAUGUUUUGGGAUGCCAAAAGUGAGCAUUGCCCCGAGACGCGUUUGGAUAUUGCAAAAUAUCAUAAAUUGGGUAGAGAAAAGAGAACUGCAGAAGACGGCGAUAACAAGAAACAACGUAGAACUCUAACACUCUUCGCGCCGAGCGGGCGUCCUUACAAUAUCAACCAAGCGAAAUUGGCAUUCACUUUGAAGGACGAAUACAAUGAGUACAUAUUGCAGCUGGGCGUGUACAAAUAUUUGGACACUUCACAGAUUAAAGUCGAUGUUGAAUCGAAUUAUGUGCGCGUAGCGGUGAAGGGGAAAAUUUUUCAAAUGGCUUUUCACGAAGAGAUUAACAUAACCGAGGCUUGUGUUCUACGCUCACAAAUAACGGGUUAUUUGGUUGUAAAAAUGCCAAAGUUGCAUGCCAAAGAAUUACUCACAUUGCGCCCGAAAACAGAUAACACUGGGAAUCAAGCGAAAUCCAAAGGAGACAACAGCAAACCAACGGCAUUAAAAGGCGUUGUAGACAUACAUAAUAUAUGCAAUAACAACAAAAACGCGGAAAUGGAUAUACCCGAACUAAUUGAAUGAAGGAUUUACCCGCGACGCAGUGAACUCUUAAUAAAUUAAAAUAAAUUAAUCACUUUUACACAUGCAUAUAUAUAUACAUACAUAUAUUUUUUUUUAAA